ACCGCCCCUCUGGUCCCUCCAUGCUCUCCAGGCUGUGCUCACUGAACCUAGCGCCCAACCAUGGUGUACCCCCUGGAUCAGGCUAUUGGCCUCUUUGUGGCCAUCUUCCACAAGUACUUGGGCAGGGAAGGCGACAAGAACACCCUGAGCAAGAAGGAGUUGAAGUUGCUGAUCCAGAAAAAGUUCACCAUUGGCCCAAAGGUGCAGGAUACUGAAAUUGCAAAGCUCGUGGAUGACCUGGACCGGAACAAGGACCAGGUGGUAAACUUCCAGGAUUGUGUCACCCUGAUUUUCAUCUACAAUGAUGCCCUUAAGGGCUGA